CUGUGUGUGCGCGUGUGCAGCUCCUCUGUCUGCACUGAAUGAACUAGAUUCCCAGCCACGUAAGGAGCACAGGGAGAGAGGAUGUCCUGCUGAAUCAAGGGAUAGGCCUGGGAAAGUCGGCCGGCCGUCCGUCCCUGCUUCCUUCACUCCAGCAGCUGCACACACGCCAGCCUGACGAGCCUUUUCCUUCCACCGGAGCAGAGGACGUGGACUCCCGAACACAAAGAACCAUCCGUUUUUUUUGUUCCGUUUGUGGGGGGGGUUUCUCCUUCUGACAAUCGCCGUGCACGGAUAUGAUCCCCGGGAACCAGGCCGUGCACUGAACUGGUACUAGUUAGCCCUAAAAGCUAACUAGUUAGCACCUUCCAUCGAUAAAUAGCAUCAAGUCGCUUGCAAAAAAAAACGGCGUCUCUGCAAGCUGAAGCGAUUUGUUUCCGUUUUUGUGAAACGUGUCUUUAUGAGCCGGUCAAAUAAGCUAGUCGAUAACCAAGUCUUCAUUCAUUGUCAAAGCUGAUCUUGUUUUGUAGUCUUUUGUUGGUCGAGUCGUGGCUCCCAAUGACGGUGCAGCAGGUCUGUGUCAAGUGAUUUCUUUUUUUUUUUCCUAACUGUUCAUUUGUGCCCGGGCUUUGUCUCUUGAAUGGGAAACAAAGGAGGCAAAUGACCCGUUAGAUGCCGAGUAUCUCCGUCGAAUGAACCGACAGGCUUUUCUUUUUUGUAACUCCUGGGAUUAAGCGGAUUGAAAUCUUUUUUUUUUUCUUAAAAAAAAUACACAUUUGCACUGAUUCGGGGAGCAACCAAGAGGAAGACCCCCCUCCCCUCGUACCUCUCUGUAUUUCGUGGAGUUCUGACAACAUUCCUCAUGAACAUACAGAGGUCAAAUCCUAUUAACAUUUCACGUUAUGGGAGAUCCAGGCACAAAUCGCACGAUUUUGAAGAGCUGACGUGUUUAAGGACUACAGAGACGAGUCAGAGUUUCAGCCCUAACCUCGGCUCCCCCAGCCCACCGGAGACCCCGGACUCCUCGCACUGUAUCUCCCGCAUCGGGGACUACCUUUUGUUGGAGCCUCUGGAGGGGCACCACGUUUUCAGAGCUGCCCACCUGCACAGUGGAGAGGAGCUGGUCUGCAAGGUGUUUGACAUCGCUCGGUACCAGGAGUCGCUGGCAGCCUACUUCGCCCUCGGCCAGCAUCCACACAUCAACCAAAUCCUGGAAAUAUUGCUCGGGGAGACGAGGGCCUACGUGUUCUUCGAGAGAAGUUAUGGCGACAUGCACUCUUUUGUCCGCACGUGCAAGAAGCUGCGGGAGGAGGAAGCCGCCAAGCUCUUCUAUCAGAUAGCCUCGGCUGUGGCACAUUGCCACGACAACGGACUGGUCCUCCGUGACCUGAAACUGAGGAAGUUUGUCUUCAAGAACGAUGAGAGAAGCCUUGUGAAGCUGGAAAGCCUGGAGGACACGUACAUCCUGGACGGCCACGACGACUCGUUGUCAGACAAACACGGCUGCCCCGCGUACGUCAGCCCUGAGAUCCUCAACGCCAACGGCAGCUACUCGGGAAAGGCGGCCGACGUCUGGAGCCUGGGCGUCAUGCUGUACACCAUCCUCGUGGGCCGCUACCCCUUCCAUGACGUUGAGCCGGGCUCUCUCUUUAGCAAAAUCCGCCGGGGCCACUUCAAUGUCCCCGAGACUCUCACGCCAAAGGCCAAGUGCCUGAUCCGCUCCAUCCUCCGCCGAGAGCCCGCCGAGCGCCUCACGUCUCGGGAGAUCCUCCAGCACCCGUGGUUCGUCUCCUCCGGGGCUCUAGGCGGCGUCGCGGCUCACAGUAGAGCAGAGAGGGAGCAGGAGCAGCUGGUGCCUGAGGUGAACAUGGAGGAGGAGCUGGAGCAGUUCUUCAGCUGAGCCGUCGCCAUCAAGCACAAACCGGAUGACUCGGCUCGGGCCCGGCCCACCAGCGGCGCCGAAAACCAGUAGUCUAGAGAUUAAUAGGUGAUCGUUUGUCACUCAUAAUAAAGGUGUUUCCAUCCUAUUUUCCUUUUUCCAACAUUUCAUGGAAAACCUUAGCAUGACAGAUGACAUCCACACGUCACCAAGGUGCCGCCUCCCCUCCUCCCCCGUCGCCCCGGACGCGGCCGCCCAGACAUGCAAGUCGCAAACAAUGUAGCAACUUUUUCAUUCGUUCGGUUCAAUGUGGUGCUCAUGAUGAUGAACACGUUGUUUUUGACACUAUGGGAAGCAUGAAGGGACUCAGACUCAUCAUGACCGCACAAAGCUGCGAUGCCACACCUUGUCUAACUUGACUGUCGGUUUAGCUUUAGGCGGCGCCGAAACACGCCGCAGUCGUCGGAUUCUUGUCCGUGUACCGUUCCACAGUUCAACAUCCUCAUCUUGGUUUUGUUUCUUUUACCUCCAUGUAACUUCAGUUAACCCCUUAAUGAGCCUUAGCUGCAUUUACUUCCUGCUCUUCAUGCUUCAAUAAUCCGUGUGAGCUUUUUUUUUUCUUUUCUUUUUUUUUUUCCAUACCGGUCUUUUACUUCCAAACCAACACAAAAUUAGCUUCCCCUUAUUUAAAUUCUUUAGUGAGAGUGCAACAUUUAUUUAAAUUGUAACAGCUAUAUAUUAUAUAUAUAUAAAUAUAUAUAUAAAAUUAAAUAUAUUUAAAAAAUCAUUGCAGGGUUUUCUUUAUGCAGAGAUUCCUCUUCAUGUAUGAUGUAGGCAAUAUUUUGACACGGGACAGGCUCGACGAGGGAAACGUCUGUCUUACGUUUAAACACUUCUGUGCCAGUAUUUCUGCGCCCGACAGCCACCCGGUCUCCCUCGCUUUUUGUUUUUCUUUCUUCUUCUUUUUUCUUAAAAGAUUUGAGAUAUUCUGUGAUAGUAUUGCGAUGACAUGAUCACUCCAGGACCUCAUGUUAGUUUUCUACUGCCUGCGUAGGUUCUGUGAAACGGUCGUGCGCUGGGGGGAGGAAAAAAAAAACGGCCACGAGCUACCGUCGUAUCUCAAUGUUACUUGAAUUUGUGUUUUUAUCUAGACAUCGGCAUGUGCCCCAUGAAUGCUAUAGCCUGCCUAGUGGGGGGAGGGGUGCUUGUUUUAUAUGAAAAGUUAAAAACAUGAACUUUUUUUUUCAAAUUUGCUACUUUUCUGAGUUGCUUUUCAAUUCAAAUCUGCUUUGUUUUCUAUAUAUUUUGUAGACUAAGCUACCUUUUUAUUUAAGUUGUUGCUGAUUUGGUGCUAAUGUCUAUUAGUCCUUUUUUUUUUGUUUCAUGGAGGGGGGUGGUGCAUGGUGGGAUAUCUGCCUCAGAUGUUCUGAUUGUAUCGUAACAGAUUCUGAUGUUUUUUGUCCAAAUUUAUUCAGUAAAUAAAUUGUGAACUG